CGAGGCUGCAAACCCAUUUCUCAAUCGAACUACGCUUCUCCUGGCUUCUCUCACCUUAUUUCAUUCAUAACUACAAAACAUCAAUUUACUGUAUUUGAUCGUAUAGCCCCACUCGAUGAUUGAAACGUUUAUUUCCAUUUCCUCACCGCCGUUUGGUGGCGUCACCUAUCGGCAGCGAACAUGAAAUUGGCGCCAUUAACAGCCCUCCAGCUGCAGUCGUGGAAUGACCGUCUCUCCCAAUAUUGUUGCUCAUUGUUGACCGCGUUGUCUUUGUUUUGUGGUUUAGUGAGCUGCAUCGUGGCGAUCUGAAGACAACGGGGGACGCCGCCCUGGCCGCCCUGAUGGACACGAACUGCGUCGAGGUGGAGGACGAAAACGCGAUUGAUCAAAACGGCCUCAACAUUGAGCAGGUGCCCGUCGUCGCGCUCCCCUGCGACCCUCUAGGCGAGUCCUCGUCCGUGUCCUUCGUGGUAUGCGACGGCGAGGUGGAGGAACAGCAGUGUGACCUCAAAGAUGGACAGGUCCAGGAUGACGGAGAGGUGCUGCUCGUUCAGGGGUUGCAAGACUUCCAGGGUGUCGUGUCGACAGAAACCGUCGUUGUGGACGACUGCAGCUCGGGCAUGGGUGGCGCUAGCGCCAACGGCAUCACGCCCUUCCAACAGUACCAGCCCGUGGUCGUGCAGGGCUUCGUCACCAGCUCGGGCGAGGUCGUGCACGUGGUGCAGCAAGACACACCUCCCAACGGCGGGCACAGGGUGGUGACCUCACAGCCUCAGACCUACCAACAACCUUACCAGCAGCCGGCGAUGCACCCCGAUCUGUACCGCCUCAUCAAGAUGUUCCCAGACUUCAGCCCCAAGACUUUGCACAGAAUAUUCGUCAUGUGCCACUGCGACCUAAAGCGCGCCCUGGACCAGGCGCUGUUUGCAAGGCAGUUCCGUCAGCUGGAUUCGGCGCCGUCCUACAGCCCGGUCGCACCCUCCGCCGCGAGCGCCCACUUCCAUCCAGGCCCGUACCGCAGCCCGAGGCAGCCGUACAUGCAGAUGGGGGUGGACUUUGGCUCCAGCGACGUGUACCUGCACCGGGGCUUGGGGCGGCCGCCCCACGCGGCCCCUCCGCAGCCACCCCUGCUGCAGUCGAGCCAGCAUCCUAUCCUGCUGUACCAGCAGGCGCAACAGGCAGAUCCCCGGCUUGCCAAGCAGGCGUCCAUCAACACCCUGGUGCAGCAGGACGUCGACGACGCCGAGGUGGUGCACAUCAGCCUUCCCUCCGACGGUCACAACCCCGUCAGUCUUGCCGAUGGCCUGGGGCUGCUGGCUGGAGGCGUCAUGGACGGAGCCUUGGAAGUGCCAGGAGAUCCUGGCGGCGACAAUCUUGAGCAAUGCAGCAAGGCUAGUAUUAAGGGACCAGAGACAGAUUUAAAGAGCGAACUUCCAGACUUGACUGAUGCAGCCAUGAAGGACACUGAAUGCAUUGAAGUGGUAACAUCUCAGGCAACAAUCGUAUGCUAAGAUGUAAUAUUUAUAAAAAUAGCACAACGAUUUUGCAAUAUAGCAUACUGAUAGCUGUACAUAGAAUAAUUGUAUACUGUUCCAGUUUGGGUACUCGUAAUAACAAUUUCUAAAACAUACAA